AUGACUUCGGAAAUCCAUCUUGUCCGCCAUGCGGAAUCUAUCCACAAUGUCACCAAAGACUUCUCUCAACUUGACCCCGGCCUGACACCCCUUGGUUUUGAGCAAGCCACACAGCUCACCCGAACGUUCCCUCAUGCUUCACAGGUGGGCAUAAUCCUCACCUCUCCACUACGGCGCACCAUCCAAACCACGCUCGCUGCUUUCCCACACGUUCUCGAUAAACGCUACUUCGACCAAGACUCUGGCCAUGGUAUUAUAAAUGGUGCGACCCCCAUCUUGGACCCAGAUUUGCAGGAACGGAGUGCGCUUCCCUGCGACACUGGAUCCGCAUCCCAGGACCUGGAGAUGGCUUUUCCGAGACUAGACGUGAAAGAUUUAGCCGAAGGUUGGCAAGUGAAGGAGGGUCGUUAUUCCCCAGAAGAUGAGGCAGUGAAGGAGCGGGCGAAGAGAGUGAGAUCUCACGUCGCGAAACUCUCUGAUCAGUUAAAGUAUGAACAAAGGAAACACAUCGUGAUUGUGACGCAUGGUGUUUUCAUGAAAUAUUUGUCUGAAAAUGCAGAGAUUGAUCUACAAAAGGCGGGCUGGAAGAGCUACACACUUGAAAAACAUGGCUCUGGUAUUUCUAUGUGUGAGAAAUAG